UGAAGCAGUAGGAGCUUAUACCGUUUAAUGCUACCUUCAUCACUGGACCUAAGAGGGCAGACGAAGAGACAUAUACUCUUAAUGGUCCAUCCUUCAGAGGAAAACAAAAGGGAUCAAGGACAAAACCAGGGGGAACAGAACAGUCUCAGAAGGUAGGAAAGAGGUAAUUAAAAACAGUGAAUGAGGGAAAAAAAAGAAAGAAAAUCCCUCUUCAGCAAAGCAGCUGCCACUCCAGUGUUUUAGGAGACAGAGGAUAGAAAGCAGCCUUGGGCUGAGGACCAGAGAGGAGAGAAGUGACUGGAAUGCAACGAUGAGGAAAAGGCGUGUGCUACUGAUGCCCCCCAGCGUCCCUCCCCACUGUGUGGCCGUGCUAUGGCUGUUGAUGCUGCUGGGUCUCCAGGCCCUGGCUGUCUGCCCCCCAAUGUGCACCUGUAACCACAGCCACAGGGAGGUGGACUGUUCCUGGAGGGGCCUGAGGACUCUGCCCCUGGGCCUGCAGCACAACCUGCACUCCCUCAACCUGUCUCACAACCGCAUCCACGACCUGGACGGCCAGCUGAGUACCUUUGUCCACCUCCGCACCCUGGACCUGUCCCACAACAGGCUGGUCCGCCUGCCCACCGCUCUGCCCAGAGCCCUGUGGGAGCUCCACAUUGCAGCCAACGGCAUCAACCUGCUGGACAAGAACGACACAGCCUACCAGUGGAACCUGCGGGUCCUCGACCUGUCCAAUAACAAGCUGGAACGGGCUGUGUUCAUCAACAACACCCUGACCAGCCUGCGCCUGCUCAACCUCAGCCACAACCGCUUCUGGACCGUGCCUACCAACAUGCCUGCCAGCCUGGAGACAGUGGACCUUUCCCACAACUCCCUGGUGCAGAUGCUGCCUGGCACUCUGGCACAGCUGUUCAGGCUGACCACCUUCUACCUGCACUCCAACCGCUUCUCCUCUGUGGGUCCCAGGGCCUUCAGCCAGCUGGGCAGCCUGCGGCUCCUCUCCCUGGGGGACAACCCCUGGGCCUGUGAGCACCAGACCAACAUCACCCACCUGCUGGCCUGGCUCAAGCACACCUCCACCCGCGUGCUGGGCUGCCCCUGCCACACUCACUCUGUCUGUGGAGAGCAUCCCCUGGCCAGGACUGGAGGGUGGCACUUUGCCUCCUACACUCAACCUCCCCUGGCUGCUGGUACUCAGGAGGAGCGGAGCCACCCUCCUCCUCCAGAGGCCCUCACCAGGUGGCCUUGGUACCUGUCCGAGUCUGCCCUGCUCAACACCCAGCUCCACAGCAGGAAAGCCCCAGGACGCCCCAGUGGAUCAGAGGACCACGGCCUCUUCACAGACCAACACCAGUUCACCUCCACCCCUCUAGCCAUUUCCACCCUGCCCACUGACAGGUCCCACACAGAAAACAGCUUGACAAGCACAGACGACCCCUUCCUAACAGACACUGGAUUUACUACUGACAGCUUCUAUACCACUGACAACCCCUCUACCAUCACAAGGAGAACAGCCACCCUCCGCACCAGGAGUGUCAAGAGGCCUAACCAGGGUGGCUCCCCGGUACGAAACACCAGCCCAGCCCCCAGCCCCAGGUCUACACUCCCACUCCUACUGAACCUGUGGUUCUUCCUGACUCACACCCGGUAUGUCCUCUGAAAAUUGAAGGAAAUGUCUGGAGUUGGAGUAAUGUCCUUGUCAGACUUUGGACAUACUCAUUUGUGUGUGUUUGUGCAGUUGUAUCAUUAAACCAACUUUGUUGUUUUCUUCCAUUUUGAAUACUGUAAGACACUUAAAUGAACUCUUCUGCAUUACUUUAAUCAAUAACAAUAUACUGUAUGACAUGCACAGGCAGCAUCCAUAUACACUAACACUACUACCACUAUAUGGCCAGUAUCAUUAUUAGGAUACUGAACAAAUACUUUAGUACUCACUAUCUGCAUAACUCUGUUUUCAUCAUCAACUUUGAAUACUCAAAGGUCCAAAGCAGCCAUUUUUAUCUCAAUAUCAAAUCAUUUCUGGAUAAUAAUUAAAAACCUUAGAGUGAUUAUUAUUUAUUAUAUUAUUGUUUUCAAUUAAAUUGUUCAAAAAUAGCUUCUAAGCAAAGAGCAAUUUCUCAAGCAAGAAUGACUGCCCCCUCUCAUUGAGCCUCGUGCGCUUCAGGCAUUGUUAGCAGAAAACAGGAUCCCCCAUUAUAGCGAACAGAAAAAUUGUCAUCUUCGUGGUCAAUCUUUGUGUAAAUAAAAAAAGUUUUGAAGACAAAACGUGGUUCCAGUAAUUGCUUCUAAUACACCAGAUGUAGGUCUUUGAAGCAAUUAUUUUAAAAUCGCACACAGAAGGAUAAUUUAGUUGCUAAUGGCAGCUGGCAGUACCCUGGUGGUCCUUCAAUUCAACUUGAGUUAAUCAAUGAGAGCGCUAUUGAGUCUUCACAUAGGAUAUAUAUAUCCUCACACACACACACACAUUGAUUCUUUCACAACAAUUUAGAGGCUAUGACCGUAACUCAGCAGCAGGUGGCACCAUACUGUACCUUUAUGU